AUGGCGCUUGUACGGGAUGAUGUGAAGAACUUCUACGAGAGGCUGAAGCAAGUGGCAAAGCACACCUCUCCCACGAACAGGACAGCUUGGGACGCUGAUGCAAAGAAAGUCGAAGAGUUAGCGAAGGUCCUCGGAAACAAGGACUUUUGGGACUCUGAAGCAGACGACAAUGAUGACGAUCCAAGCGAUGCUGAAGAGGGCGAAGGUGCAUGGUCUGUCGGAUCCGAGAAUCAUGCAACAGGACAGUGCAGGCCUUGCCACUAUGUCUUUGCAAAAAGCGGGUGUACAAACGGAGAAUCGUGUACUUUUUGUCAUCUGCCUCAUCCGAAGAGGUUCCGGCCGCGACCCUGCAAGUCCAAGCGGUACAAGUGCAAACGCUUGGCCGCGGUGUUGGACAAGGUGUUCGACAAUGACCCAGACUCGUUUCAGAGUGUGGUGGAGCAAUUAAGUGCUCAAGGUGGAUAUCUGAAUACAGUCGUCAAGAGCAAGGUCAGAAGCCUGCAACAGAAGACUCAGGCUCCAGAACCACAAGAGAAAGAGGUCCGCCGAGUGCUGAAGCCAGGUUUGGUGUCUCUCUAG